AUAUAUUCCGGAACCAUGUCAAACGGUGUCGGGUCCUUUUCAAUCUCCACGUGCAAGAAGUAGUCUGUUAGGUUCUAUUUCGCGAAAGAAAAUUACACCCAAUAAACGCAAAAUGGCCGAAAUAUCUAAAAAGAAGAAAUCAAAGAAAUCUAAAGCAAGUGAUGUUGAGGAUGUAUCGGAGGCAAAUAUAGCAGCAGAUGUAAAAAAAGAAAAGAAAUCCAAGAAAGAAAAAAAAUCUAAAAAGAGAAAACAUGAAGCGAGUGACAGUGAAUCACAAGAAGAAACAAAAAUAGCAACAAAGAAAAAGAAGAAAGUUAAAAAACCUAAAGAUGUUGAAGAAACCAAUGGCGAUAUUGAUUUGGAACUUCUGGAAGAGAUGCGUCUUGGAGAUUUGGAAAACUUUCCUAUUUCCUCAAGAACAAAAGAAUUACUGCUAAAACGUGGGGUCAAAUACUUAUUUCCUAUCCAAGCCAAAACAUUCAGUGAUGUCUACAGCGGUUAUGAUGUCAUCGCUCAAGCUCGUACUGGAACAGGAAAGACAUUUUCAUUUGCAAUUCCUCUCAUUGAAAAGCUGAAAGAUAUUCCAAAGAAGAGUGGAAGACCUCCCAAGGUGUUGGUCCUUGCUCCAACUAGGGAGCUUGCCAAGCAGGUCUCUGAAGAUUUUGAGGCAAUCAACAACUCCUUGACUGUAACUUGCAUAUACGGUGGAACUGCUUACUGGCCACAGGAGACCGCAAUACGCCACGGUAUUGAUGUUCUUGUCGGUACACCAGGCAGAGUUUUAGAUUACGUUAGGCGUAAGACGUUGAACUUGAGUCAAGUGGACCAUGUUGUGCUGGAUGAAGUGGAUCGGAUGUUGGACAUGGGAUUUGCAGAUCCAGUAGAGGAGAUUCUAAUGUCUGCAUAUAAACUUGAUUCAGGUGAUGAGAUGCGUAGUCCCCAGACCCUGUUGUUCUCAGCUACCCUUCCCAAAUGGGUCCAUGAUACAGCAAAGAAGUACAUGAAAUCCAAUACAAAACAAUUUGAUCUGAUUGGAGGGGACACUCGUCGAACAGCAACAACAGUCCAACAUAUGGCCAUUAAAUGUGGAUGGAAAGACAGGGCAGCAACCAUUAGUGAUGUCAUCAAGGUAUACAGUGGCCAUCAUGGACGAUCAAUGGUGUUCUGCCAAACCAAGAAAGAAGCAAAUGAACUGGCCUUCAAUUCUGUUAUCAAGCAGGAAGCCCAGGUGUUACAUGGAGACAUAGCUCAACAACAGCGAGAGAUCACACUCAGGUGUUUUCGUGAAGGUAAAGUGAAGUGUUUGGUGACGACAGACGUUGCAGCUAGAGGGCUUGAUAUUCCAGAAGUUGAGCUUGUGAUACAGUGUAAUCCACCAAAGGAUGUAGAAGACUAUAUACAUAGGUCUGGUCGUACUGGUCGCGCAAAGAAAAAGGGUAUUUGUGUAUGUUUCUAUAAACCAAAUGAAGAAUGGGAGCUGGCAAAAGUUGAACAAAAAGCUGGAAUAAAGUUCAAGCGUAUUGGUGCACCUCAACCGAAAGAUAUUAUCAAGUCUUCAGCAAGUGACGUGACAAAAUUUUUAGAUGAGAUAUCUGAAGAUGUUGUAGACCACUUCAGACCGGCUGCAAAGGCUCUGCUGGAGGAGAGAGAAGCUGAGUUGGUUCUUGCGGCGGCUUUGGCUCACAUCUCUGGUGCAACAGACAUUGCCUGUAGAUCACUCCUGAACUCUGAAGAGGGUUUCACGACAUAUCAACUGCAUGUAAAUACUGAAAUGCGAACCGCCUCCUACGUGUAUCAAACGCUUGGAAGUCAGUUACCAUACGAAGUGCGUGAAGCUGUCAAAGGCGUUAACAUUUGUAUCGACCAACAUGAUGCUGUCUUUGAUGUUCCCUCCAAGUUCAAUAAGCUUAUCAAGGAAAACUGGCAAGAUGAUAAUUACAUUACAUUGAAAAUUGCUACAGAACUCCCGCCACUAAAGGAGCGUGAUCCCUACCAAUCACGUGGUGGCUAUGGUAACAACCGAUACUCGGGUGGAAAUGGAUAUGGUUAUAGACAAAAUGGAUAUAGCAGAGGCGGUGGAGGGGGUCGCGGAGGAGGUAGGGGACGUGGUAGUCGAGGAGGUGGUGGUAGAGGAUUCCGCGGUGGUGGUGGCCGUUUUUCAGGCUGGUGGAAAGAGGGCUAGAUACUUUUUAAAACCAAAUAAAACAAAAUUUUACUGUGAAUUCUCAAUUUAAAUCCGAUAUAUUUUAAUUUGUGUGCAUACAAUCCUUUUUAGUACAGUGGAAUAUGAAUUUUACAAACUUUUGAGGAAUCCUCGAUUUACCAGUCUUGUCGCUGACAACACUCGUUAAUUUAUGACAAUGUCAGUAUUCAAUGUUCUCCUAGUUUUUGUGAAAAAUUAAUAUCGUUAGUGAUACUGUUACAGUAGAAUGCAUACAUCUUAUUCAGGGUAGCUUUACAAAUCGGGGGAUUAUUCGCAAUUUGUAUAACAUGCAAAUCUCUUCAAUUAUUAUUUUAUGGAAAUUUAUAAAGCAUCAUUAAAGUGACUGAGGUAUGUAUCAGUGGCGUUGACUGUAAGUUCAUCGUUGAUAUUAAUUUAAAUUUGUUCUAAAGGGAGAAUUUUAUAUAAUUUAUUCCCAGGACCUUUAAAUUUGAAAUAAUUAUUAGAGUAUUCUGACAAAGGGUUGAAUUUAAUCAAUUCAGUUUUUUUAAGUGGAAAUUUUACUCUUCACCUCUACUUAAAAAAACAUUUCUUAAAGCUCAUUUUUACUAUAUUUAUUACAGUAUUGAGUUAUGAAUAUUGCAAUUUAUGUACACUUUUUGGUUCCAUUGUGUGUGUAAAAUUUAGGUUUCACUGUAUAUGUGUUUCAAAUGAAACAAUUUCCUUUGUCUAUGGGCAUGUCAUUGAACUUCCAUAUCUUCGCAACUAACUUUAUCCCUUUAAAAUAAUUGGACCAAUUAGUGUUAUAUAUGGUAUCAUGCAUUCAUGACUUACCUAUCAAGUGGACCGCUAAUAGCCUCACUUAGAUAUUCUGAAUACUUUUUAUACUGAUUGAGAUUGUAAUAACUUUCAUUCUCAAAUAAUAAAAUUGAUCAUUUCGUGAGAAGUGUCAACUAUUUUGCAUGAAGACUUUCAAUAUCAUUUUUGUUUUUACUAUUUUUUGCCCUAAUAAUAAUUUACAAUGUAAGCUUAUUAAAAUGUACCUUAUAUAAUUAUCUGAGACUUAAUAAACUAAAAAAAACUCUAUUU